CUGUGUAUUCUUAUGUUAAGCAUAUAUGGUCACUAAAACGUGCUUUCAAUCUUCAAAAGUUCAAGUUUAAUUUGUAUUUUGAAUUAGAACAGAAUGGGUAAAAAGGAUAAGAAUAAGAAGAAAGGCAAGGGCGCCGAGAAAACCGCCAUGAAGACGGACAAAAAGCUGGCAGCCAAACAAAAGAAAAUGCUUGAAAAGCUCGGUGAGGCGGAUAUUGCGGAUAUUGUUAAGAAAUUAGAAGCUCAAGAGCAGAGUGUAACGGCCAUAAGCGAAAAUGUGUGUGCAGCACCAACGCCACGUUCCAAUUUCUCACUCGUAGCACACCCCGAAAAAGAAGAGCUGAUCCUUUUUGGCGGCGAGCUGUAUAAUGGAUCUAAAGUCUUUAUAUAUAACGAUUUGUACUUCUAUAAUAUACCACGCAACGAAUGGAAGCAACUGCGUUCACCGUCAGGUCCAACGCCACGCAGUGGCCAUCAGAUGGUUGCCACAGCCAACGACGGCGGCCAGCUCUGGUUGUUUGGUGGAGAGCACGCUAGUCCGUCGCAGCUACAGUUCUAUCAUUACAAGGAUCUCUGGAUGCUAAGCCUGAAGACACGCCAAUGGUCCAAAAUCAAUGCACCAAAUGGUCCAAGUGCACGCAGCGGUCAUCGCAUGGUCGUCUCCAAGAAGCGUCUUUUCGUCUUUGGCGGAUUUCAUGACAAUAAUCAAUCCUAUCAUUACUAUAACGAUGUGCACGUAUUCUCGCUGGAAACAUAUGAAUGGUUGAAAAUUGAAAUAGCGAGCCCAAUUGUACCGGCUAUACGUUCCGGCUGUUGCAUGGCCGCCGCACCGGAUGGCAAAAUCUUUAUAUGGGGUGGCUAUGCACGAACCUCAAUGAAAAAGGAUCUAGAUCGAGGCGUUACACACACGGACAUGUUUAUGCUGGAUGUAGACAAGUCUGGUUCCGGCAAUAAGUUUAAGUGGAGCACUGUCAAGGCUGGCGGUUAUCGCCCAAAGCCGCGCAACAGCGUUGGUUGCACCGUUGGAGCAAAUGGCAAAGCGUAUUGCUUUGGCGGUGUCAUGGACGUCAACGAGGAUGAUGAGAAUGUACAAGGACAAUUUGGAGAUGAGCUACUUGUAUUCGAUUUGAGCUCCCAUGCGUGGCGACUGCUGGAAGUCGCAGCCAAGGAUAAAAGCAGCUCUAAAUUGGACAAAGAAAAGUCGAAUGAUAUCGAAAUGGCUGGUGAUGCCGCUCAAGCUGCCGAGAAGACAGUGACUACCAGCACAGAUGGCAUUUUCACGGUAACCGUUGGUGGACCUGGCUCUAGUCAAGCCACCACACCCUAUGUUUCCAAAAUACCCAGUCUGUUUGGAACGCCUCGUCGCACAGAUGUGCCGUCACCUCGCAUGAAUCCGGGUCUGUGCAUUUGCAAGGGCAUUUUAUACCUAUUUGGUGGAAUCUACGAGGAGGAUGAGAAACAGCAAACAUUAAAUGAUUUCUAUGCAUUAGAUCUACAUAAACUGGAUCAAUGGAAGGUCCUCAUAGCAGGCAAUCAGAAGGCGCACGACUGGAUCGAUGAUGACGACAGCAGCAGCUCCGACGAGGAGUGCUCCGAUGAAGAUGAUGAUGAUGAUGAUGAUUCUGAUUCUGAAAUGGAAACUGAUUGAUUGCAUAGUACUAUAAACAAUUUGAGUAAAAUGUAUUUUAAUAAAUACAAAAUUGUACAGCUGAAGU